UAAUGAGUGAUCACGAGAACUCAAAUAUUGACGAAGUCAUAGCUAAGAUAAAAACUCUACCUCUUGCUUAAAGAGUUCAUGCAGUAGCACUAUUCCAUAGUCUCAAACGAAAAUAAUAAUAUGAUGAAGAGUUAGAAGAACAAAUAAAAAAACUCACCAAUUAAUAUGAUCGUCUCAAUUUACCAUUAUAUGAGUAGGUAAUUGAAAAAGUAUUAAUUUGAAAGCAAAAUGAAAUCAUUUUGGGAUAGAGAAUCCCAAAUGAAGUAGAACUAACUAAUUUGCCAAAAUUUGUAAGUGAUGCUGAAACAUAAGAAAUAACAUAAAAUAAUGUUGCAGAACCUUUAGCAGAAUAUUGGUAUAAAGUGUUAAAGAACUCUACUUUGAUAUGUAACAUAAUAUGCUCAUAUUUAAAGCUGACGUUUGUCAUGAUAAUGAGAAAGAUUGGGAUGUGCUUAAAUUCAUCAAGAAAGUUGAAUUGGAUCAUGAAGAGAACAAUAAUAAUUUCACUAUUAAAUUGACUUUCUUACCUAAUGAAUAUUUCACUAAUGAAGUUCUUUAGAAGAAAUUCUUUUUUGAAGAUAAUGAAGACACUCCCAUAAAGAGUGAAUCAACACAUAUUGAUUGGAAAGAUGGAAAAAAUAUCACUUAAAAGAAAGUUUCUAAGAAGUAAAAGAAUAAGAAAACUGGAGCUUCAAGAAAUGUUGAAAAAGUAGUUGAUGCAGAUAGUUUCUUCAAUUUCUUUAAGGAUUUCGAUCUUAGCAAAUAAAAAGAAUUAGAUGAAGAGGAAUUAUAAAAGUAAGAAGAUUUGAUGAAUGAACAUUUUGAUAUAGCAACAGAAUUUUUGGAUUCAAUUGUUCCUUGUUCUUUGGAAUUGUAUUUGGGAAUACAACCAGAAAUGGCAGAAUUAGAUGAUGAUGAAGAUGAUGAAGAAGAAGAAGAAAAUGAUGAUGAUGAUGAUGAAGAUGAUGACAAAAAGAAAUCUGUAUUAUAUACUAUUUAUUUUAGAAACGAAAGAAGUCAAGCAACAGUAAAGGUGGCGAUAAUAAAAAAGCAGAGAAACCAGAUUGCAAAUAAUAAUGAA